AGUUGAUGAUGUAUUGCACCGCCCAAGUCUCGUUGCCGAGUCUAUGGUUAAGUUACACAGCUUGUGUCUGUUUCCGCUCGGAAGAACCCACAGUCCGAUAAUCUCAGUCAUUUCUGUCACAGGGUGCUGUGUGCUUAUACAUGCUGCAGGGUAGGCCUACUACAAUAGUCCCAUUUUGGAAGCAAUACUCGUGGUACAAGUGGCUUCAGUUGCGUAACACUGAGUGGGACUGUUGAUGAUGUAGUCAUCGGACUCACAUUGGGUUUAAGGUCAUUCUGUGUUGCAUUCGUACAGACUUCACUUCGGUUGCGCAAUAUUCACCCUGCAGGUUGACAAUUAUAACAGCUGCUUCAAUAUUCGCCAUGACGUCAGAAGGCACAGCCAAACCGAUAGUCACAAAGACACAAAGUACGAAAGCAUUAAGGCUGAUAACCGUUGAGCCAACUGUGAUCCUAAUUUGCGCCAUCCAGGGUAGCCUCGUGGCGUUGAGGACGCUAUACAUCGAACAUCGUCUGGCUCUCAGUUACAACUACACGCUGCCAACGGGUAGUAACGACACGUGCGGCGGAAACCACACCGAAGAUCCCAUGCAGAAGCGGAUCGAGUCCGAAACCGCCUUAUGGGUGAUGUACAUGAAAGGUAUAUCAGACUUCUUGCCUGCAUUUGUGGCGGUAUUCUACGGGGCUGCAAGUGAUUUCAUCGGCCGUAAACCAGUGCUGAUUGUAUCGGCCGUUGCCCAUCUCACUGCGUCUGCGAUAUUCCUGAGUGUGUGCUACUUCAAUCUGCCAUUGAUUUGUCUUGUCGUCGCUGAGGGCAUACUCGGCAUUUGCGGUGAUUCUGUCGUCCUGACCAGUACGUCCUUCGCUUACGUAACCGAUAUCUACGAAGGAACAGCCAUGACUUUUCGCAUAUUUUUGCUUGAUCUACUAAUCUAUGUCGGUUUUGGCGGAAGCCAGUUUGGUGUGACGUCAAUCCUGCAGUGGACCAAUAGUUACACCAUUGCCUUCCUAGUCGUAUUUGGUGCCGCAGUUAUCAACUUCCUUUACGUUGCAGUGCCAGGGAUCGUCCGGGAGACCAUUAAGAGGAGACCAUUUCCUCGCGGGGUUGUUCGAGAUCUCAUCCACAAAAUCUACCUGUUGUUCAAAGUCAACACCAAUGGCAGACGGGUGACGCUUUUGUUACUUAUGACUGGCAUGGUGUUUUAUGAUCUGGUCUAUGAAGCUGUCUACAGCGUGAUCACAAUUUUCGGACUAGGGCCGCCAUUUUGUUGGAGCGAUAGCUUUGUUGGUGUAUAUGGAUUGCUGACUAACAUUGUUCCGGCACUUGUGGGUAUUUUGGCUUGGCGAAUCUUUAGAGUGUGUGUAUCUGAAUAUUGGAUGGUGCAUAUUGGACUGUUGUCUGGGAUUGGCAUGAUGACAACUACAGCGCUCGCUAAAACAACGACCAUCUUGGCUUACGUUGCCACUGCCGUUGGAUUGUUUCGUGUUAUGCCGUCACCGCUGCUGAAGUACCUCGCAACACGGCAAGUUGACGACCAAGAGCAAGGGACACUAUUUGGUGCAGCUGCCCUAAUGACGGCGUUUGGGAAAGUCCUGUCCCCUAUAACACUGAAUGGAAUCUACUCGGCCACGGUCACGACCGAUCAUCCAACCAUAGCCUUUUACGUUGCUGCCGGAUUGCUGGUCGUACCUAUUAUCUUAAAUGGCAUUUUACAAGUGCGACAGCCGAGGCCGGGGUACAUGCCAAUCAACAACAGCUCGAGUGACCAAGCCAUAGAUCAAACUGGGCCGAGUCAAGCGUAGUGAGUAAUAAUAACGUACUUUCUGAGUGACAGCAAAGUAACCGUUAGGCAUAAUCGAUGCUGCACUGUCUGGUUACCAUUUUACACUGGUAGUCCGACAUCACAUCUGAUGUCACCACCUCAAUGCGAGUGCAGCAUAAAGCAGGGCCCAUAUUAAUAGAGCUUCUUAAAAGGUCUCGGUAUUUGUUAGGACACAAAACACAAUGUCCACCUUUUUACAAAAAAAACUCACACAGUUUGAAGAUAAUGACUGAGGAAAGCUUCCCUUAAAAUAUUACUUCCUGGGGUGCUGUAGUUUUUGAGAAAUUAGUAAAGGAAUUUCACUGUCGUUUCAGGAGACCAAAUUAUUUAUAGCAUGUGCAAAGUAUUUACGCUACUCUCCUGCAAAUUCUGCUCUGUUUAUUCACCCUUUUUUCCAAACAAUUAAUUUCCACAAAUCUCCAUUCAGAAUGAGUAGAGAUAUAUCUUCCAAAGGUUCCAAAAGCUUAACAAAAUUCUGCUUACUUGAAUAAUGUCAUUAGCUAAAAUAGCAUUUGUACAGUCUGCGCUUAGCUUUUUUUUUUUUUUUUUUUUGGUCGGCAGAAAUUUUGUAAGUACCCUUUUCUGCUUAGAGCAGAUUUGUGAAAAUAGUCCCUGGGCACAAUAAAACUCCACAGACAGAAAACAAACUUCAGGUAGACACACAAUCACCUGAUGUUGAAAUCAUGUAAUAUACAAUAAAGGUUACAUGAUAUUACACUAGGUGGGUGCGUUCAAUUUGAAUUAAAAUUACCUGUGUCCUUGAAUUCAAUCGGUCAAUCUCUUGGCGGCGCGCUUUAUUGAAUAUCAAAUUAAUUCAACUUCAGGUGAUUGUGUGCUAGGGGCAGUCAGUAGCCCUUUUGGUUUGUUCCAUGAUCAAACUUAAUUCAUUGUCUGGAAAAGGAAUUACAUGGAGAUAACAGGUGUGAGUUGACAGAUGAAAAGGAAAUCGUUAUGCUUUUGACUCGCCAAAAUAGUUAUAAUGAUUAAAUAAAUUGUGGAAUGUAAAAAAACAAGUAAGAAUUGCUGCUUGCUCAUCCUUUUGAUAUUCAUCAAAGCUGUGAAGUUAAAAAGAGGUUUCAGAAGUAUUUUUUAUUAUACGCUGACAUUUAAAAACAAAACGUUAUCGGAAAGUCACAAACAAUAUUGAAAUUUAAACCUAUAUAAACAAAGUUAUGAUACUUUUAAAUAUUUUGUUUACGUCUUUCGAUUUGUAAUAAGUAUAAAUGAAAGUUAAAUAAAAACAUAUAACUGGUGCAAUGUGUAACAAACUAUUGGAUGUGUUUAAUUUUAGUGCUCUUACGUCAUACUAUAUGUU